AUGGACGACGCUUCCUCACUCGUGCGACUUCCCUCGCCAACGCUCCCGCCGGUUCUCAAACCCGUGUUCACUCUUGAGGGCCACGACGACGAAAGAGCUACAACUCUGCGACGGCUCUUGGAGAAGGGCCAUGCCUCGGUAGCACCGCUUCGAGAGCCCAAGUUAAUUCUUCACAGUCAUCUCCCUCAUCUUCUUGGAUCGGCCUACCUUCUUGGUGCGAGCAGCAAAUUGCUUGAAGAGCUUUACGAGCAUGAGAUCACGGAUCUUGUUCACGUUGAUGAAAGUUUCAUCCGAGGCGAUGCAGUCACACGGGAAAAUUGGAGGGACUUUUUGGGCCAAAAAAGCUACACGGUCGCUUAUGUGGACUUCUUUGACGAGGAGAUCAAGCGACAAGCUGGGGACUGGAGGGAGGUCCUAAAGGCGUAUCUGUUCUCUGGAUCGCAACCCCUUAUCAAUGGUUAUGCAGGCGGUCUGGGCCACCCUUUUAUCCACUUGGCUUACUCAUGGGAGCUUCAGUCUCAUGCUGUAGCUUCGGAGGCUCUAUCCUUAGGGUGCACGGAGUACCUCCCACUCCACCAUCUCCUUGAUCAAUAUCCUCCAGAUAACUCCACUUACAAGACCUCAAGCUUUGCCGAAGUUAUCCAUCGAAUAUAUAAAGACGAGCGGUUUGACAACCUGUUCCCCGAACAAGGGAUUACCAACCUCGAGGUACUGCUGCAAAAACGGUACGAGGCCGUUUUAGAACACUGGAACGCUUGGCAAGUGUCUGAUUCUCUGGUGCAACUGGAAAACUGCUGUGAUGUGUCAGUGCUUUUGGCAAUUGGAACAGGCAAUCGCCAGGCCAAAUAUGACUUCUAUCUGGUCCAUACAAUGACCGUCGCGCACGCCCUGCGCGUUUUGUGGGACCAGUUCCCCAAGGAGCAACGCGCUUGUAUCUUACGCCAAUACGCGCUUUUCAUAGUCUUGGUAUACAUUUGCCAAAAGAAGCCAGCUUUCGAAGCCGACAUCAUCGAUACAAUCCUGUCCGUGGAACUUGGUGGACAAGACUGGGAGUCUGUGCGGGCGAAGGCGUUGAGUCAUCGGUGGCUUAAAGACUCGCACUUCUUCAAGGUCGUGCGAGCCCCCAUGGCAUUCGAAGAGACCUUCGGGAACAAGGACAACUUUUACCUUAAGGCAUCUGCUAAGUUCAUCGCUGAGUUUGACGGUUGGGAAGGAUUUGGUCUUGGUGUUGAAGGCUUCCUCCCUAACCGUGAUGGCUACAAGCCGACUUGA